AUGCCGCAUACGCCCCAGCAGCCAAAUGCCAAAGACGAUGUCGAACUGCUGCCCGGCGUUCAGAUGCCAUUGCCCCGGCAGCGUGGCAACAGCAGCUAUGACGUGACGCGGCUGCGACGCAUACAGCCCCAUCUCCAUCCCCAGAGCCACACCCACAGCCACCACAAUCAGCACAAGCUGCUGAGGCGCCGACUGCAGGAUGCUCGGGACUAUAAUAGCUACAAUGUUUAUACCAAAUCGAACUUUGGCAGGACAAUGCCAGCAAUGCCUCCGCAGGACGUCGAAAUUAUGGGCGUCAGCGGCACCGGGCGUGGGUUCAGGUAUGUGCCUUCGCCUCCACCCAGUUCGGCUGGCGCCAUGCCCGGCCCCAUACCGCCACUGGUGCCGGUGCGGCGCGGCUAUGCCACCUCGGCACCCAAACCCACCAGCCCGGACACUUUCGGUUUCGGUUCGAGCGACAGCAACAAUAUCAAUCAUAAUUACCCCACAGAUGCCAAGGACAUGGAGCGCCGUCACAUCUGCGUGCAGCAGCGCACGAUCAGCACGCCGGUGAAGAAGACGGAGGUGUAUACGCGACCCACCUUUAAGCACAUCAGCACACCCUGCCAGCCGCCCACCCAUCCGGGACAGUUGUGCACGCGUGUCCAGGUGGUGCACGAACCGGCGUACCGAGACGUCAUCAAGAUGAAGCACGAGUCGGUGCAGCAGUACGAUUGUUGCACCGGUUGGGGCAGGGAGACGCCGCGAGCCGAUGCGUGCCUGAAGCCCAUUUGCACGUCCCCGUGUAAGAAUGGAGGAAACUGCACCGCACCCGAAACUUGUAGCUGUCCGGCGGGCUUUACGGGCAACAGCUGCGAGCAGGACAUCGAUGAGUGCCGGCUGGACAAGCCCUGCGAUCAGAAGUGCGUCAACACCCAGGGCUCCUACUACUGUCUCUGUCGGCCGGGCUUUGUGCUGCAGCCGGAUCAGCAGAGCUGCAAGAAGGAGGCGGUGCACGAAGACGACGCCUUCGAGGCACGCGAUUUGGAGAACGACAUAGACGAGAUGGACGCUGAAAUGGUGACGCGUCUGCAGAAGAUCGAACGGUCGCUGGCCAAUGAGCGCAUACAUACUAACGAGCUGAAGAAGUCGCUGCAGGCCACCUACAGUGUAGUUGAUACUCUCAAGAGUCGUCUCACCACACUGGAAAAACAACAGUUCGAUGUCAAUCGCCUGCAAACGAAUCUAUACAAGACAGAAUCGCGCACAAAUAAACUGGAAGGCAUGCUAAACCUGCUGCUGAACUGUCGAAACGGUCCCAAUGCCCAUUGCCCCUAGACGGGGGCUCAGCAUAAUACCCUAGGCAUUAUUAAGUGUAUUAUAGCGAUUGUACAUUUUGUUAACUUGUAAGCCACUCCCAUUCCCAAAACGAAGCAGAAGCACUUGAGUAGUUGCCCAGAAAGGAAGAGCCGAUACCUUUAACACGAGUACCGAUACCUUCAUACAAUAAGCAAAAAGGUGACUCAAAAGAUUUCAAUAGAACUGGCGAUAGUUGUCGACGUCAAAUCGAAAAACAGGUAAACUAAUCAUUUUCGCCAAUUUUAUGUAGUUCUUGAAUAAGCAACUUGGAUAAGCCUUAAAGUAUAAGUAUGUAAUACCUUUAUAUUUAG